ACAUUUCAGUGAGUUUUAUUUCAGUGACUUUAUUAUUUACUUUACAAAACCUAGGAAAGGAGGCAAGGGUCCAUAUUUCUAGCUUCCUACUCCUAUCAUAAGUCAGGCUUAGUGUUAAACACUACUAAUUUGCAAGCAUUACUACAAAGCACAUAUUUUAUUUAAACAUUUUUGAAAAUUAAAUGAAUGGUUUUCCACAUUUCCUUGUUUCAAAUGAACCACUGCAAACAAUACAAUCCACAAAAGAAAGUCGCAGCCAAAACCAAAUUUCAUCAAUGUUACUGUUUGGCUAUCAUCAGCCUCCUGGAUUUACUUUAUUAUUACAAUAAAACAUUAACUCAGCAGAAUAUUCUAAUUCAGCAGAUAUUUUCCCUUCUGUGAGCUGAUUCUGAGGGUUCAGCACUGCCUAUACCGUCAAGAGCAUGGACCCUGACCCAGCAUUACAUACCUGAAAGAAAGGAACUUUUGACCCCUUUCAAGAGUCCUUCAAGUAGAGCAGGUUGUGAAAGCAGAAAAGGUAUUUAUUUAAACAGCACGGCAGCUUCCAAACCCUGGCUCUUUGUGACCAUAGGGAGCCAUUUGUUCCCGAGUGGGCAAGCAAAAGCAGCCUGUUUGUGCCAGCGUGUAUCAAAGCACUCCCUCCAUCCCCUCUUGAAGACGGUCCUUCAAACAGAGCUCUGAACCUUCAUUUGGAGAUGAUGGGUCACACCUCAGAUUUUCAAAGUCUCCCUGAGACACGUUAUUAAUAGUGAAUAUAGCACAGCAAUUAGGCAGUAUAACGAACCCAGCGCUUCAUAAGGGAGUGACUGCCUAACACAGCAGGCAGAAAGUGAGGGCUCAGAAAGCUGCGUGCUCUGCGUUUCACAGGAGUGUAACAGCAGCGUAAACGUACCACUCGGGAAGGAGGGACACGAAGGAUCCGAGUGCCGAGGAAACGCCUUCGGGGCUAUUUUUUUCCGGCGGCAUUGAGUACCCUAUGUCUCACAGACUUUCUCUGAAGUUGCGAGCGUUCAGAGUUCUCCUGUCUAAGGGCGAGCGCAGGGUGAAAGCAAGAGCCACCCAAAGCGCUGCUGCUCUGAAGGAAGAGACCACCCAGAGCAGCAAACACAGGGCACCGGGUCAGCAAACUCAGACCAUCCUUAACGUUUUUAUGAGACAACUACAGCACGUUUGGGAAGCCCAGGCAUCAUCCAUUCACUUGAACCCUCCCGGGGAGCUCUCACCCCGGCGCAGCUCGCUGAUGGUGCCACCUCCUCACGCUCCCCGCUGCCGUCUCCGCGCACCAGCUGCCGUCUCACAGAUAUGCCGCCCCUCCCUCACGCAAACUCCGCCUGACGAGCUCCCCCAGAUCCCACACAGCCCCGCAGCUGCGGACGAGGCACGGAAGACCACCCCGCCCGUUCUCCCAUGGGCUCCGACCGGCCGGACCCGUUCCCCCCGCCGCCGACCCGCGGCCCUUCCGGCCCUUCCGGCCCGCCCCCCGGUAUCCGGUCAGCCCCGCUCCGGGGCGGGCUGCGGUAUAAAGGCCGGGCUCGGCCCGCAGUCCCGUUCCCCAUGUCGUACUUCCUUCGCGGUACGCGGCCUCUCCGUUCCCUCAGGCGGAGUUACUUUCGUUCUUCAGCCCGGCGAGCGGAGGGUGUCUAUAUUCUGUUGGAGCGGAGGUGGAAAGCCAUGAUGUGAAGGGUGGAGAAUUUCCAAAGCAAGUAUUUCUUCUCUCUCCCAAAUGACAAAUAUCUUCUUGCUUUUCUGGAAGAGAAUAGGAACACCCUCGAGACAAUAUAGAAACAGGAUAUCGGAAAAAAUAGCCUCAAGAUGAACUUCUUCCUGGAGCUGCUCAAAGUUAUUGGACUUUCAACAUAUUACAUGCUGGAAUCACUGGUGUUUUUGUUUGUGCCUAAACGUAAGAAGAAUGUGAGUGGUGAAAUAGUAUUAAUAACAGGAGCAGGAAGUGGAAUUGGAAGACUCUUAUCCUUAAAAUUUGCCAAACUUGGAGCCACACUGGUUCUUUGGGACAUUAAUCAAGAUGGACUCCGAGAGACCUGUAGACUGGCUGAAGAAAAUGGAGCUGUAAGAAUACAUUCUUACAUCUGUGACUGCAGCAAAAGGCAGGAAGUCUACAGAGUAGCAGAUCAGGUUAAAAAAGAAGUUGGUGAUGUCAGCAUCCUAGUCAACAAUGCUGGCAUUGUAACUGGAAGGAGCUUUAUUGAAUCUCCAGAUUCACUUGUGGAAAAAACUAUGGAAGUGAACACAAUGGCACACUUUUGGACUUAUAAAGCCUUCCUUCCAGCAAUGAUAGCCUCUAACCAUGGACACUUGGUUAGUAUUGCGAGCUCAGCAGGACUGAUUGGAGUCAACCGUCUUGCAGAUUACUGUGCAAGUAAGUUUGCGGCCGUUGGUUUUGCAGAGUCCAUUAGUUUUGAGAUGAAAGUUCUGGGAAAGACUGGUGUUAAAACCACAACUGUGUGUCCUUACUUCAUAAACACGGGGAUGUUUGAUGGCUGCAGUACCAGGUGGCCGCUUCUGCUCCCCAUUUUAGACCCAGACUAUGUGGCUGAAAAGAUCAUGACUGCUAUUCGACGAGACCAAGCAAUUUUGGUACUACCACGCAGUUUGUAUUUCUUCUUUGCUUUGAAAAAUAUCCUACCAGUGAAAGUAGGCAUUCUCCUUGCGGACUUUGCUGGAGCCCUCCAUUUCAUGGAUAGCUUCAAAGGUCGCGCGAAGAAGGACUGAAAAUUGCACAAAACUCAGCAACUGAAUAGCAGACCUUAUUAAAGGUGGUGGUGGGAAAGGUCUGCUUCUCUAGCAGCUGUGAACUUAAGGUGCCUCACUUCUACUUAAUAACAUUUUUAAAGAAAUUGAUUUUUAAUUAGCUCUUAAUCAACAGCUUUCAUGUGAGCUUUUUUUUAUCCAACGAACUGUUUUCUUUUUCCCUCAUUAUGGAAGUAGGAAAAUUGAAAUGCAUUCCUUUGGUAAUAUCUGUUAUAAUGCCUUAAAUAUAAUUCUGCUUCACAAACCAAUAAUUAGCAGUUUGGGGGGAGAUGAUCUCAGGUCUCACGGGUGUGACAAUGGAUGCCUUGGGGAACAAAAGAAUGUAAAUGACAUUUGUGCUGCUAAUUGACUUCUUGUCUAAUUUAUUUUAAAAGCUAAUACUAUGCCUGCAACUUUGCAAUGAAAUCUUAAUAUCUUAUGAGUGCAAUAUUUUAGGAACAAUUUUAACUUUUAAUCUCCUGUGUAGAUAUUGUAGUUACAAAGCAUUACACCACUAGUAGAGAUGGGAUGUCAAACAUCUUGCCAAGUAAGACAACAGAAAUACCUUUGCUACUAAAGCCAAAGGUAUUACAUGGUGUAACUGGGGCUUCUCCUAGGACUGUUUCAGAAAGGAAUGAUGGUGUGUGAACAGUGAAUAGGAUCACUAGAACGAUAGCUUGAGUAACAGCAGAAUGUUUUGCUCCUGAAUUGGGGAGCAGGCUGUCUUCUAUCUACAGAGACUUGUUUUAUUUGCAUUUAUUCUUAGGACUAUCCUCAGGUAUGCUGUGGGGGAGGCCUUCCUUUUUGACAAUGACCACUUAGAGCCCCCCCCACUUGACUUUCAUUAGACCCAAAACAAGAAAAAGGAAGGUUAUAUAUUAUGCUACUUAUAUAUAUGCUGGUUAAACCAGUCUCAUGUCACAGUAUUCCAUUGGCAAUGCCUACAAACUAAGACUAUAACGUGCUUUAGCAUGAAAUUAAUUGCAGACAGCAUGGAGAAAGGGGUGAUUGGGGGUUGGACUCAAGGAUCUCUAGAGGUCCCUUCCAACCCCUAAAAUUCUGUGAUAUAAAAAAAAAAAAGAAUAAAAAACUUGUUUUCCCAUGAUGGCCUAGAAACUACUGUCAUUUUUCUUGCCUAUAAUUAAUGAUGUUUUUACUGACUGAGAAGAGUUUAAGUUGAACUAUUUUGCUAAUCAUGAGCAAGAAACACAGGGUCAAACAAGAAUGUUAGAAGUAGCUUUACGGUUAUGAUGGAUUGCUGAGAGGUAGAAUUCAGACUGAUAAAGAAAAUUUGUCUCAGCUGUUCUCUCAGAUCUUCUGUUUCAGAAAUUCUGCUCAGUUUGCAGUUCAAUUCAGGAAGUUGAAGUUAUUAAUUAGAAAAUACAUGCCUAUAAAUUCUGUCAUGUGUACAUAGCUCUAUUUGCUAGUAAUAAAAUCAAUCACCAAUUUACCCGUGUGGUGUAUGCAUGUCUUGCAGGCUCCUCACCUCCUUAUGUUAACAGCGUCCAUUUUUCCUCUUAACGUGGAGGAUCUUUCCUAGGAAUGUGUUGGAGGAGAACGUCUCAUAAGGAUUUUACAAAAUCACUGAGUUUGAAAGGUAGCUAUACUUAAAGCAAGGUCAAUCAGUGAGUUGCUCAAUACUGUCUCCAUACUCCAAUAGACUCUACAACCACUGUCGGAUGGCCUGUUGCAGUGCAUGUGACUACACACAGUUUAAAAAAAAACUUAUGUGGAAUGUAUGGUUUCUUUUUUUUCCUCCAAUUUUUGUCCAUUACCUCUUGUCCUUUCACUGGCUGCCAUUAAGAAAAGUCUGGUAUAGCUAUUUAAAAACUCUGAAGGGAAGAGCCAUCUGGAGUGGAGCUGAGGCAGUAGUAACAGUUGUAUUGAUCACAUAAGCAAGACUCUUGUCCAGAAACUGAAACUACUUCAGCUGCACGAUUAACAGUAAUUUAGCUAGCAAGAAAAAAGCAUUUUGUGUUUUUUUUCUAUUCUUGGUACCUUUAACUAGCAAUUUCUUUAAGCAGGAUUAUUCCUGAGAGCAAAUUGACUCGGACAGAGUAGAUGUAGGUGCAAACAGCUUCUCAAGCUAUCUCAUAGUCUAGGUUUGCAUUUUAGAGAUGAGGAUCUGACAAAUCAGUUCAGUCUGCUUGCUGACAUAAAACUAAGCUCCUGUUCUGUAUUUGUUUUAAAAUGGAAAAUGAUGGCCCUAUAACCUGUUUGCGCAGCUGGAAGAAAUGGAUAUCAUCAUAGUGAUCUAGGCAACUGGAGUUCACCUCUUACAUUUCUGAACAGAGGCUUUCUUCAUCUCAGGCUUGAACAGUAGCAAGAAGUAAACAAGCUUUAUUGCAAAACAACACAGGAUCUUUAUUGCUCAAGUGUUCAGAGUACUAGCACAGGUGUGAUGGUUGCUUUGUGUGACUGGAAGAUAACAUCCUGUCCUGUUGGUGAUUUGACCUCCAUAAAUACCAAACAUAUCUAAUGAGACAGCAUGGCAGGUAUGUAAAGAUGUGUCUUGGUGGUCAAGAGAGACUUUUUCCAUGUUCGGGAGAAGGUAUGAGGUAUGUGCUUGUAUCUUUAGCUACCAUAUGAACUUAAGAUCACAGAUGUUCUCUUCCAGCAAGAUGAUGGUUUUAUGUUCCUGAUGCCAAGAAGCGCUCUUGCCUCCUGCACCCAGCAAGGAAAGUCCUCACAGAAAGAUCUCUGUGAGACCCAAGCCAGAAGGUAGAACAUGAAAUGGAAAAGCAUCUUAGUUGUGACAGUAUCAUAUCUAACAACAGCAUAGAGCUGCCUUUUGAAACACAUCAGGCAACUCCCACAAAGAGUUUACUGUUUCUAUGACUACUGUUUGAAACUCUUAAUGCUGGGUGGGACCUCAGUCACUGCAUUAGAACAAAGUUGACUGGGAUGGCAUAGUUGGCUUGACAGUCAUUGAUACAGUAACUCAAAGACAGUUCAGGAUAUGGUGUUGUGUUACCUGCUGCUACUUUCCUAUGUGCAAGUUCAUAUUCUUGCGGUAGCAAAGAUCUUACUACUCACUAAUGCUUCAAAGCAUGGAGAACACCAUUUUCCUUGGUGCUGACUUGAUUCUGAGAAUGAGACUGAGGAGAAAAUGAAAAGCUAACAGCUGAGAUAUAGGCUGUGUUAUUACUUAUUUUGUGAAUUUGGUAAUCAUUUCCAAGAGCAAUACACAGCUGUAUGGAAGCUGGUCUUCACAGUCUGUUCUCAUUUUAGGAAGGAACCAAGCAGGUACCUUUUUUCUGGUAGCUUCUGGCAGUUGAUCUUUGGAAGACAGCCAUGUCUGUUGUCCUGCUGCAAGGCAGGAUAGGAGACCUCUGUCAGCAGAUACAGCUAGCAGCAACAACCAAGGUUCCUGCAUAGCAAACUUUGUCUGUUGGCACUGUAAAUGUCACUGCUAUUAUAUAGGUGGUGAAACCCUGGUGAUGGUGCAGUUCCAUUGGGGUGAAUUUGCAUUAAGUGCAAACUAAAAGAAGCUUGCUCAGAAAUUAACAUGGUGAGAUAUGAUAGCUGAGGCAUCUGUGUGUGCGGUCUUCAAAGAGUACUGCCUGGAAGUGGGAAAUCCCGGUGGAGAGCUAACAAGGUGGGUCUUCCCUAGAUUAAUUUUAACAAAUACUCAUUGCAUUACUUACUGAUCUGUCUGUAUAUUUCUGGCAUGUUAAUGGUUGUCCCUGAGGCAAUGCAUCAUGUACAGUUAAAUUGCACAUCUGAUUCCAGUUAUGCUACAGUUAUUGUAAAACAGCAUACCUGUGUUUUGGGAAGCUCCUAACUAACAAUUUGGGCGAGAGCCGACAGUUCCAAGUAAAGGCUGUGUAUCCAGAAGGAACAAAUAUCAGCAGAAUUGCCAGGUGAGGUGCUUGAAUAAUUUCCUUCAGGAUAUAAUGUGAUUUCUCUGCUUUGGCAUUGAGUCAGCCUGUAACAGCAUGAGAGUAAGGCACCAAAUUGAAAUCUUCUGUGUUACAACUCCCUAAAAAAUGAACGCCAAGUUAAUUUCACACACACACAAAAAUUGUAAGUACUAAAAAAAAAACAUGCUGAGCUUCAGGUAAUGCACUGAAUGUUUUUCAGCCUGAAGUUUGUCUAAGCUGUACUUGUGUUUCUUUGGUAUAGAUAACACUGUACAGUUAUGGAUUUGCUCCACGUAAAUGUGAAUAUGAUUACACUUGAACUUAAGGCUAAGAUUACCUGCAUCUGAUACAAGGUUAUUCAUGUGAUUCUGUAGUGACAAGAAUAGCAUCUGCAACUUGUGGGGAAAAAAAAAGUUGGUGUGUAUGAUGUGCUUGAGUGUUGAUUCAUACUCAGGUGUCAUUUAUCUGUAGGUUUCUGAGUAAAUUCCUUCUUAAACAAUUAAGAUGAGCACUUGUUUGAAAAAAAGAGAGCAAGAUUAACAUAGCUGACUGGAAAUUGUGAUGUCCUGUGUUUUCAGUAUGGCUUACAUCUCUAAAGAUAGAGACAGUCACCAAAUGAGUAUGUUAUUCUGUAAUACAGAGUGAAUGUAGCACAAGUAUUAUACUAUAUGCAAGUACUGUGUAAUACUUGUGUGUAAUACAAGUGAAAGUGUGAAGGGAAUACUUGAAGCAGGUAGAGCAUGCGUGUAGAAGUGAUCAUCAUCUGUAGCAACAGUCCUGUCCCAUGCUCUCUUAUAUUCUGGAAUACCGUAAAAGUGUGUAUACAAAAUCACAAGCCUUACCAUGAAUAUUUACACAUUCUCCACCUUAGUCAGGUGGACCUCUGCAUUUUUCUCCUUUUGAUAGUGUUCUCUUAAUACCAAAAAGAACACUAAAAUUACAUGUAGAUCAAGGGAACGAGCAAUGAGAGAUGUUCAGGAAUCACACCAUUCCUUGGCUGAGGAUUUUGAAGGAGAUGUAACAGAACAAUGAGCCAUGCUUUUAUCAACCAAAUAUGAGCUUUCUUCACAAUUUUGAAGUAUCUGAUUCAGCCACUUUGAAAUCCAGGGAAUGAUCCUGAAGAAUCCCAUGCUUACAUUCCCAAGUGUGAACCAUGAGAGCUUUUGAGUGGGCUCACUGAAGAAAAUCUGCAGCUAUCAGGGCUUUGUAUUCAUGCUUUCCACGUAAUCUGCCUUAUAAGUUACCCUUUGCCACAGGACCAGUCUCUAGAUGGUAAACAUCUACAAAUAUUUUUAGAUAACAUUUUCACACCAAUAAAACUACAAUCACUAAAUUGUAAAACAACUGUAACCUAAACCAAUGACUUGAGGUGGCGAAGAGUCUCAGAAGGGGCAGUAGCUUAAAUGGUUCAUUGCAGAGACCAUUUGAGGGCAGAGAAUGCUGAAAGGUUAAGUUAGUCUGUAAUUACGGAAGUAGCUACCUUUCUUUCCCCACUGUGUAAGAAAGCUUUUAUUUCUGGUGGGAUGCACUGAUAACAACUGCUAAUCAGAGGCAGAGUUAUCCUCUUACUUUACCCUGCAUCUAACUUUCUUUAUCCUACAUCUAAGUUCCUUCAACCAACUGUUCAUGGCACUGUGUCAGUAAUGACUUACUAGCACUUCAAGAUUUCUGGAAAUUCCUUGGCUCUCCUCCUGUUACCACUCCCAAGUUGGAAUACAAGGAAACUUGGCUGGAAAAUAUUAACAACCUUUGUGUUUUGUCUGCAUAGAGAAAAGAAUUGCUAUAAAUCAACUGCUGCUAGCUUGGAUAUUUUAAAGAAGAUUAGCAGAAUGAAUUGAUUUUUAAAUUCCCAUAAAGAAUAAGGUUGUUCCACAAAAUAAAUUUUCUUAAAGGAAACAAAAACUUGUAAGUCUACAUACAUGUACACUGUGCCUGAUUUUAAGAUGAAGUUAAUAGAAUGCUAAAUGGUUAACUUCAUCAGUCUGGAGACUACUGGCAAUUGUGACUGAUGGUUUGAAAAUGAAUUUGAGGUAGAAAUAAUAAUAAAAAAGGCAAAUCAUAGUCACAGUCAGUACGGUGUUGAUAACACUUGUUUGGCUCUUAUGAUUUGUAUCUGCUGUGAUCCAAUAAAGAUCAUAACUUAGCAGUGGCUUCCCACUGAGGGACUUAAAGUACACAGGAUUAUAUACCAUUUAGAGACAUACGUUGUGCCCUUGCUUUUUUUUGCAAGUAUCUGGAUAUCUGCAUUUUGCGUGUGGUGACAUUCUGAAUAUUACCUCUGCAGGUAAGAAUUCCAAGAAUCAUCAGGUCCAACAUCUACUAAAGCAGACAAAUACAGUUUAAUGUUGAAGAUGUGGGAUGUUCAUGGAAAAAUAUGUGAAAGAAUAUCUUUGAAUAAAUCUCAGAUAUGUUCUGCAAACAAUGUGCUUAUCAAAAGAUGACUCUGAAGGCUUAUGAGAGACAGCAAGCAUGGUUAGAUGAGCAAACCUGGCUUGGAAUUGUGCCAUAUGCUUGGACUUUCCUACACAAAAAUUUUAAUAACAAAUCACACUUGUUCUAAAAACAAGAACAGAGAGAAUUGUGCACUUGUUCAUUUGGAUUGAUCCUGCCAAGUGAUGAACCUUUGCUGCAAUAGCAUUGCUACAAUGAGAAGUUACACAGACUCAUAACUUCAAAUAAUCCUUUUUGGCAUUGUUUUUCUCUGCUCUCCAGGACUGAGAAUUUAGCCAGCAAAGUGUUGUCAGGGGCUUGCUGGAGGAUUUUGUCUAAGAAGACCCCAACAAUGAAGAUGAGAAAAAUCUAUUGGGCAAGGGUGAAGAGAGGCUGAGAUACUGCUGCUGCUAUCCAUGUGGGAGGGAGGAGAGCUGAAAAUGGGCUUCUCUUGAGGAUGGAGUCAGUCCCCCAGAAUCUACUAAACUAUACAACAGAGGCCAAAGUAAACAACAUCCAGCAAGUAUUUGCAAAUGUAGAAAAAGCUUAGCUUUUCCCUCUGCAUGUAGUAGAUUCUGUCCUCUUGACAGCGAUCCUCUGAGGGUAACUGUGAUAAUAUUUUCUUCAGGUACUGAAGGAACCAUCACUGGUUAGGCUAAGCAGUACAGAUCUGCACCACAUUAGGUGGAGAAGGAAACACACUGUAUGUUGUCAAAGUUCACAACAGUGGCUCGGAGAUGAUCUUUUCUCAGUGCUUGCUUGCUUGUCAGCAGGGCAGCUGCUGUUACUGCUGCUGACAACAGGCUUACACUUUUCUUCUGGCAUCUGGAGAAAGAAGGUAUCAACACUGAAAGGAAGAGUCUAAAAGAAGGCAGUUGGACUGCAUUAGUUAAAACUUACCGUGGUAAACUGGGUUUGGUUUGUAUGUCUCACAAAGUCUGUUUGUUUACAAAAAACACUAAGAUUUGUCAAAUCAUGACAAUAGGUUCUCCAUGCUUUUUUCCUGACAGCUGAUUGGACAUGUGCAGUCCCUAUGGGGGAACAGAGGCUGGUAAAGUUUUCCAUAUGGCUUGUAUUUUUUUUUCUUCUCUCUACCAUCAACAAUCUGGAAAACAGCUAUUUGAAACUUCAAGAUUACAGAACACUCUUCUACAUGUGACCUCUUUUGGGAGACAGUCUCGCUGGGUGGAAAUAUUCUAUUACUUUCCACGUUACCAACUGGAAAACAGUGAAACAUCCCUGACCAGUAUUUCUCUAGAUGCCAGUGAGAAGUCCCCUGUAUGGACCACUUGUGCACAAGGAACUGUUUAUUAAAGAAGAUCUCAAAACAGAUGGUUGAAGUCACAGCAAAAUCUGUGCAGAUGAUAGCAGCAAACCUUAAUUGCAAUGACUCUAAAUAGGAUGGCAGGGGAACUCUCCUAGCUGCAGAACAUUUUUUUGCUGGUCAGCCUUGACAGCUCACCAUUUCUUGAGGAAGCAGAGCCAAUCUAUUACUUUUAGCACUUCAGCAGGUGAUUAACCAGCAGCUGAGUCAUCCCUGGCCAGGGCUAGCACAUCCCAAACCAGGGGAGGGGUGGAUUGCUGGGGAAAGGAAGCACAACAAAUCUUCCUCUACUAAUUCAUGCCAUCUGGAAGUGACAGCCUGUGGGCCUACAGCUUUAUUUGCAAAAUAUUGUUUACAAUUUUUAUUACAAGGACUAUAGGGAAUAAGACUUAAUUAUAUUUAGCAGUUCAUCAUCAUUACACAAACUGUUGUUCAGCAUUCAGCUUCAGAAAACAGGAAGCAAUACUCAGAAGAUUGGUUUCUCAGGUUUUUUUUUUUUUUUCCAGACUAUUGUUGGUAAGAUGUCAAACAAUUAGAUGGGAAAACUGGAAUGGAACCCAGUGUCAUGCAGUUGGAGUCUUUUGGUGUGAGAGGGCUUUUUGGUGAGCCACAAAGGAUAUGACUGUUGCAGUCUUGACUCAUCAAUUUCACUGGUGAUAAUCCAAGCUUGUACGGGAGGUCUCUUGGCGCAAGAGUUUGUAAUAGAAGGGCAACAAACACAGAUGAUCCACUGCAAAGCAGACGCUGUGCAGUGCCUGCAGCUCACGUGUUCCAGCACUUGCACAAUCACUUUAAGUGCAAAAUUACAUAAAACCAGCAUUAACCCUACCAGAACUGUUCUCCUUAAGCUGCAGGGUUAGCAGUUCUAAUCAAGUGAAGGAGCCCACAAGUGUGAGAACUAGCAUAUGGCUGAAGGUGCAUCUAUGCAAAGGCAAAAGGAUUGGUGAAAAGGGCAAGAUCUCCACUUGGCAACAGGAAGCUGUUCAAUAGCUCAGCUGUCCAAUUUAGCUCUCAGUACAACACUUUGUUGCCAGAUCUGAGCUGCAACUUUAUAUAUAUAUUAUCACUAUCAACUAAUAUAAAGAUAAGUUCCUUUCCUUACAGUACAACUAAUAAUCAAACACAAAAUGCUGCAAGAUAAAUGUACACAGUGGAUUAUUCAUUAACCCACAGUGGAAGAAAGCCAAAUUCAUAAACAAAGUAAUACUUUAGAACACUUGGUUACAGUCAAAAUAUGUCUUGAAUACUACUUUGAUCUGUUGUUUCCAUUGUAGGGAACCAUCCAUUGCAGUUCCACCCCGACAUGGGGCUGGGUGGAAUUUCUGCCAUAAGUUGGGGUGAGCAAGUGGACAAGUUUGUUCUCUCAAAAGACAGACUGCAGUCUACCCUCAGGACAAGGGAACUGGAUAAGAAUGAGGCUCCAGGAUUCUAUAAGGGUGCAUGAAUGGAUGCAAGAUAAUCCCACAGUCUUUCCUUUCUGCCUCUGCUUCCCCAGACAGGAGGAAGAGCUGGGAACUGAGUACGUGAUGCAGGUUCUAGAGGAAGCUAAUGAAAGCAUACAAGCAUCCAGUGUGAUAUCAAGAGGUGAAUGUCAGGAUAUGGAGACAGAUCAAACAGCUGUGCACCUCCAUACUACAACCACAGCCUGAGAUAUGCUAAGAGCCCAACACUCAUAGGAAAGAAACUGCCUGAGAGCACAGCUUUCCCUUCUGAGAAUCUCAUCUGAAGUGCAGCAUGUGUGCCUGGAGCUACAAAUUCAAGAGUCAGUGGCAGCACUGGGGAUGCCCCAGGCCUAUAGAACAGGGCACAGACUGCACCUUCCCUGCCCACACACAACAGCUGUGACUGAGGCACAGACUCCACAUGCAGACUUGGGAGCUCUACUACCUCCAGUGCAAGAGAACUUCUAAGUGAUAUUCAAAAAAAGUGGAGGAGCUUUGGCCUAGAUAUAUGCUUUUUUUUUUUUUUAACUAAAGAAGUCUGAUUUUAGAUUGGCAAUAGCAUUGUUUUCUGGAAGAUUUUUUUUUUAAGAUAUUAUUUAAUAAAAACAAAAUUUUAAAACAAAAUACGCUGUUGUAAAAUCUGCAAAUACUCUCAAGCUAUUCUAUUUUUCCAUUCAGUAUCCUGUUGGCUUGAAUUAUCCUUAUAAAUGAUACUAAGUUUAAUAACAUCCAAAUAGUUUAAACAGGUCUCAAAGAAGAGGGGAAAAAAUGCUUCAUCUUGAGAACUGAAAUGUGAUUGCCUUGACAGAGAGGAAACCAGCACACAAUCAUAUGCAUUCACUGAACACUGACAAAUAAGUGUCUUGAGGGUCUGGUUUUUAUAGUACCUGAGAAAGAAGAGUACCCUUUAUAUAAGCUGCCUGUCAGGAGUAGAAAAAUACUACUUGGGUUUCCUAUUAGCAUCUCCCCUGAAUCAAAAAGUACUGCAGCUGUGCUGGAGGGCCAGAGGUAGACAUUUUCACUUAAUGGCAAAGCUGAUCAUUAGAGGCAGAAUCAUUAAGGCUGGAAAAGAGCUCUAAAGAUGAUCUAGUCCGCUAGCACAAUACAUUAGAAUAAGAACAGUGAUGCCUUCCAAUAAAUUCAUUACAGAUAUGAUUGAGAUGUCUCUGUUGAGAAACAAUAGGGGUAAUACUGCUAAAAGAAAUGAAAAUUAAAAUACAAACAUAGUUUAAAAAACAGCGAGAUAGCAUUUUAAUUUAUUUUGAAGUGCCCAGUUCCACACAAAACCCAGUGCAGGAAGCCUGGAGCUGCUCCCCCUCCCUCCCCAGCAUACCCUCUCUGGGUGGGAAACCCCAAGGCCACAGCUCUGCUCCUGCCCCCACCACACACUGUGAACACAGGUUGCUUAAUAAGCAACCAAUUGUACCAUGCUAGUAAAAAUACAUUCUUGGCAAAGCACUUGAUUUGGCUCAAUCUCACUUGACGAAAAGUGGUUUAUUAAAUUAGGUCAAUUUGCUUACCUAAAGUUCGCUGAAACUGUUCUUGCAAUGCCACAUGUUGAGCAUCCUUCUAAAGGCUCACAGAAGAGCACCUGCAAGCUGCCAAUGUCAGAAGCAUCAAUCCCUGACUGAACAGCAGCUUCUGUUUCUCUCUUCCAGAAAUGUGAAUGCUGAG